AUGAAGAAAGGCAAUGCAACUUUUCGAUCAACUUGGCAUGAUGAAGAUCGUAAAUCACAAUGGGGUAUUGCAUCAUGGUUUUUCCAUUUGUUAAACAUUGAUCCAAUUCCACCCAAUUUCGAAGUUCCAGUUCAUGCAAAAACUGAUAAAAUGCCUUAUGUUAGCGAAAUGGAUUUACACAGAUGGAUUUUACCAAGAGCUUUGGUUCCUUUUGCAAUUCAUUGUGGAUUAUACUACUAUGGCGGAAUUCAAUUACAUCCUUUAGCCGCUUUUGCACUUUACACUGUUUGGUUUAAACUUUUCGGUGUCAUGCUCUUGCAAAUGCUUCGUGCCGUUUCACAACAAUGCGGUUUCUUGGAUGGCACCCAUCCAAGAGAUGGUGUACCUGAUCAAUCCAUUAACAAGGUCUUAAUGUCGCUAAUCUCAACAUCAACAUAUAGACCAAUGAUGGCAAUCAUGUUGGCUUAUGAUCGUAAUCAAGCACCUCAUAUUUCCUUCCCAUGGAUCUUGGCUUAUAUUGGAUUGUACAAUGUUGCUCUAGACUUCUACUUUUUUCAUUACCAUAAAGCCAUGCAUGAGGUGCCAUGGCUAUGGAAGUUCCAUUCCACUCAUCACAAGACCAAGCAUCCUAAUCCCGCGCUCACUUUGUUCGCGGAUGAAGUUCAAGAAGUUUUCGAUAUCGCAAUCAUUCCAUUAUGCGCUUAUCUAACAAUGCGUGCACUAACUUCCUUUGACUUUUGUGCAUCAUUCAACUUUUACGAUUGGUGGUUAUGCCAAAUGUACCAAAUGUUCACCGAGCUUGCUGGUCAUUCAGGAUGUCGUUUGUAUGCAACCUCUCCUUCAUCAUUUGGUCUUUUGCCAAAACUCGGUCUGGAUAUCGUAAUCGAAGACCAUGACUUACACCAUCGUCAAGGCUAUCGCAAAUCAGGUAAUUACGGCAAGCAAUCUCGUGUUUGGGAUCACGUCUUUGGAACGACUAUCCCACGUGAAGAAUGCAUUCCAUCUCAAAUGGAAACCAAGAAACAACCAAUUCCAUGGUGA